GUCUCUGACCGGCAGGAAGCAAAGGAUGUGCUUUCUUCAGCCAGAGCAAAGGCGAGUGUAGAACCUUAAAUAUUCUAUUUCAUGGUUUGGUUCUGACCUUCUGGACUGUGAGGCGGGUGCUCCCAGGAUCCUGGGCAUUCGUGAAGCUACUGCAAAGCAAACAUUGAGGAAAGAGCGAUGGAGACAGGAUGGAGGGGAAAUCCGAGACAAAGGCAAGUCCUGGUUUUCUUUGUUUUGCUGAGUGUGUUUGGGGCGGGCACGGAGCUGGGUCCCUAUUCCAUAGAAGAAGAAAGGGAGAGGGGCUCCUUUGUGGCAAACCUAGGGAAAGAUCUGGGGGUGGAGUUGGUGGAGCUAGCCAUUCGCAGAGCCAGGAUCACAUCUCAGGGAAACAAAGAGCUUUUGCAGCUCAAGGUUCAAUCUGGGGACUUGCUCAUAGAUGAGAAACUAGAUCGAGAGGCGCUCUGUGGUUCCACCGAACCUUGUGUACUGCAUUUCCAAGUGUUAAUGGAAAACCCUCUAGAGGUAUUUCAAGCUGAACUGAGAGUAAAGGACAUAAAUGACAAUUCUCCUGUGUUCACUGAAAGAGAAAUGACUCUGAAAAUACCAGAAAACAGUCCUCUAGGAAAUGCAUUCCCUUUGAAUAAUGCUCUGGACUUGGAUGUAGGGGCCAAUGAUAUCCAGAACUAUAAAAUCAGCUCAAACUCUCAUUUCCUGGUUGUAACCCGAGAUCGCAGUGAUGGCAGGAAGUACCCUGAGCUGGUGCUAGAGAAAGAGCUGGAUCGGGAGGAGGAGCCUGAACUAAGAUUAACCCUGACAGCUUUGGAUGGUGGCUCUCCUCCUCGGUCUGGGAUGGCACAAGUCCUUAUCGAAGUAGUGGACACCAACGAUAAUGCACCCGAGUUUCAGCAGCCAAUGUACAAAGUGCAAAUUCCCGAGAACAGCCCUGUGGGCUCCUUGGUAGUCACUGUGUCAGCUGGUGACUUAGACAGCGGAGAUAAUGGAAAAAUAUUCUACACACUCUUUCAACCUUCCCUAGAUAUUAGCAAAACGUUAGAAGUAAAUUCUGUGACAGGAGAAAUUCGGCUAAGAAAACAGGUCGAUUUUGAUACAAUUCCCUCUUAUGAAGUGGACAUCAAGGCCACGGACGGGGGAGGUCUUUCAGGAAAAUGCACUCUCCUCCUGCAGGUGAUGGAUGUGAAUGAUAAUCCCCCAAAAGUGAUGCUAUCUGCUCUCACCAGCCCAGUGCCAGAAAACUCCCCAGAUAUGGUAGUCGCUGUUUUCAGUGUAACAGAUCCAGAUUCAGGGAACAACGGAAAGAUGAUCUGCUCCAUCCAGGAAGACCUCCCCUUUCUUCUAAAACCUUCAGGAAAGAACUUUUACACUUUGGUAACAGAGAAAGCACUAGACAGAGAAGAAAGAGCCGAAUACAAAAUCACCAUCACAGUCACCGACCUGGGCACACCCAGGCUGAAAACCCAGCACAACAUAACCUUGCAGGUCUCCGACGUCAACGACAACGCCCCCGCCUUCAGCCAAGCCUCCUACACCAUGUACGUCCCCGAGAACAACAGCCCCGCCCUGCACAUAGGCACAGUCAGAGCCACAGACUCAGACUCAGGCGCCAACGCCCAGCUCACCUACUCGCUGCUGCCGCCCCACGACCCGCACCUGGCCCUCGCCUCGCUGGUGUCCAUCAACGCCGACAACGGGCAGCUGUUCGCCCUCAGGGCGCUGGACUACGAGGCCCUGCAGGCCUUCGAGUUCCGCGUGGGCGCCGCAGACCGAGGCUCGCCCGCGCUCAGCAGCCAGGCGCUGGUGCGCGUGCUGGUGCUGGACGCCAACGACAACGCGCCCUUCGUGCUCUACCCGCUGCAGAACGCCUCUGCGCCCUGCACCGAGCUGCUGCCCAGGGCGGCCGAGCCGGGCUACCUGCUCACCAAGGUGGUGGCGGUCGACCGCGACUCGGGCCAGAACGCCUGGCUGUCGUUCCAGCUGCUCAAGGCCACCGAGCCAGGCCUGUUCGGAGUCUGGCCGCACAAUGGCGAGGUGCGCACCGCCAGGCUGCUGAGCGAGCGCGACGCGCCCAGGCACAGGCUGCUGCUGCUGGUCAAGGACAAUGGCGAGCCGCCGCAGUCGGCCAGCGUCACGCUGCACGUGCUGCUGGUGGAUGGCUUCUCGCAGCCCUACCUGCCGCCGCCCGAAGUGGCGCGCCAGCCCGCGCAGCCCGACGCGCUCACGCUCUACCUGGUCAUCGCCUUGGCCUCGGUGUCUUCGCUCUUCCUCUUCUCGCUGCUGCUCUUCGUGGCCCUCAGGCUGUGCAGGAGGACCAGGCCGGCCUCUCUGCCUGGCGGCUCUGUGCCUGAGGGCCGCUUUCUGGGACAGCUGCUGGAUGUCAGUGGUGCUGGGACCCUGUCCCAUAGCUACCAGUAUGAGGUGUGUCUGGCGGGAGACUCUGGGGCUGGGGAGUUCAAGUUCUUGAAACCGAUUUACCCUGAUAUUCAUGCACGUGGUUCUGAGAGCAGUAGUGAAGAAAAGCCACGUUCUGAGGUACUUUUAUUUAACAUUGAGUAACAUUUCAUGCAGUUUAAAGUAUUACACAUAUAUUCGUUUAGUCGUGUAGUAAUUAUUAUGAAAUACAACUAAUUGCAUUUUCAAAUUUCAAGGACUUCACAUCUAUAUUUUUACAAUGUUAUUAUCUCAAUGUUUUUACAUUAAUGGUUGGUUUCAGUUGACUAAGUACCCACUUAAUGCUUUUAAGGUUUUAAUUCUUUCAAAGUACAGAAUAAUUUGUUGCCAUUUCUCAUUUUAGAACUGAGGGUUUUUUCUUUUUUUGAUGUUUGUUGCUGAUUUGGUUUGUUUUCUUCUUGUUGCUGAGUACCAAACUCCGGGUCUUUUGCAUGCUAAGCUAGUGCUCUACUACUGAGCUAUAUCCCUGACACUUUUUAAAAAUUGUGUUAACUUUUAUUGAUUUUGUUCUUUGAAAAUUUCAUACAUAUGUAAUGUCCAUUCUGUUUAUUCUAAGCCAUCUUUAAUCUCUCUCUACCCCUAUUAACUCCCUUCCUCCCUGCAAACCCCCCUCACCCAUCCAUGACAUUUUUAUAAGUUAAAAGCAUACCAACUGAUGGGUUUCAGUAUGGCAUUUGCAUGUACGUCUUUAUACUUGGUUCUCACUCAUUCCUAACCCCUCUGUUCUCCUGGCUCCCUUUCCCAGCUAGUCCCCCAUUCAGCCCUCCCAUCAUAUCUAUUUCAUUGCCUUCUAUUUCCCAUCUCCCUUUAGAGCUCCUUUGGUCAAAGUUGUGACAUAUAGGACAGAUGAUGUCCUAUAAUGCAAAUACAAUGUAAUAACCUGCAUAAAAAUCAACAUAAAUUUGAACACAUUUAAAUUUUGCAUAACAAUAUUGGUGGACUCUUGGAAAGAUGCAUUUAUCAUUUUAUACUGAAAUUUUAAUUGUCAACCUUAAAAGUAAAGAUGAAUUAAAGAUUAUAAAGAAAAUAA